AUGGCAUGCAUGGCACUCCCUCCUCUGCCAACUCCUCUUUGUGGGCUGGCUGUGUCCACCUGACCUCUCAGCUGCCUCCUCGCUGCAGACUUUGGAGCACCUCCCCCGCAGCAGAAGCGUUGACUUUGGGAACCAACAGAUAAAUAAAGCCUUCUGACCCUGCCAGUGGUCUCGCUCUCCAAGCGGAGUACCUUGCUUCCUCCCGAAGCCUCCAGCCUCCACUCACCCUGCCAGGGCCCCUUCGCAGCAGCCAUGAAGGCCCUCGUGCUUCUUCUUUGCCUCGCUCAGCUCUGGGGCUGCCAAUCCGCUCCACCUGGUGCAGUGCCUGGUUACAGAGAACCACCUUGCGAUGACCCAGAAACAGAGACUGUAGCGAUGGCGGCUGUGAAGUACCUCAAUGAAAACCUUCUUCAGGGAUACAAGCAGAUCUUGAACCAGAUUGACAAAGUGAAGGUGUGGCCUCGGCGGCCCUUUGGGGAGGUUUAUGAGUUGGAAAUAGACACGCUGGAGACCACCUGCCAUGUUCUGGAUCCCACCCCCUUGGAGAACUGCUCUGUGAGGCAACUGGCCGAGCAUGCGGUGGAGGGAGACUGUGACGUGCAUGUGCUGAAACAAGAUGGCCAGUUAACCGUGAUGCAUGCAAACUGCCACUCCACCCCAGACUCCGCUGAGGACGUGCUCAAGAUAUGCCCACACUGUCCCCUGCUGGCCAGCCUUAACGACACCAGGGUGACCCACGCUGCAGAAGCUGCCCUGGCUGCCUUCAAUGCAAAAAAUAAUGGAUCUUAUUUUAAACUGGUGGAAGUUUCCCGGGCUCAACUUGUGCCUCUCCCAGUUUCGACCUAUGUGGAGUUUGCAGUGGCAGCCACUAGUUGUGCUGCUAAAGAUGUCGCAGAUCCAGCCAGCUGCCAGCUGUUGGCAGAAAAGCAAUACGGCUUCUGCAAGGCAACACUCACUGAGAAGCUUGGUGGGGAAGAGGUUGCAGUCACCUGCACAGUGUUCCCAUCACAGGUAGCUGAUGCCAACCCAGCAGACCCUGCCGCUGCGGUCCAAGCUGCGCCUUCAGCUGCGCCACCUGCAGCCAUGGCGGUGGGCCCCAUCGUGAAGGCGCUCCCCGCAGAACCACCAGCACACCGCACACACUACGACCUGCGUCACGCCUUCUCAUCAGCGGCCUCGGUGGAGUCAGCCUCGGGAGAAGCAUUCCAGCCCUCGAAGGUGGCCAAGCCCAAUGCUGCUGCUGCUGGUGGUGCCGCUGGUCCCAUGGUCCGCCCAUGCCCCGGGAGGGUCAGACACUUCAAGAUCUAGGCCAGCCCAGCAGAGUGAGAAGAAGAUUUGGCACAGAAGACGUGGCUGCCGUUUUGUCCACAUCAGUGCUUGAAUCCCAACUUCUCCUACUCCUCAGAGAAUAGAAGCAGAGCCGUGAUGGCCAGGUUUGAUGGAAGGCAUGAGGCUGACAAUGGCAUUGCCAUUGUUUGGAAGAUGAAUCGCAGCCAUUGUUUCUCUGCUUUCUAGUUGACCUCAUAAAAACAGUUGAAACUGUGUCUUUGAAAGGUGCUCUUGCUAAGCUUGUAUCUGCCCAUGAAUAAAAUUGCCUGAAUGGCCUUCCUCAAAAAAAGAAGGUCCUAAACUGAAA